AUGUCCCUAUGUUCAUUGAUCAGUUCGCUCGCAGUUACAGCCACACUACUCUAUCCAGUAGUACAUGCGCAGAAAUGCGAGAAGACCAAGGUAGCCAUUCUCGGGGGUGGGACCACAGGGAUCACUGCUGCUCAAGCCCUGACGAAUGCAUCGAUUCAUGAUUUCAUUAUUGUGGAAUAUAAUGCGGAUAUCGGCGGUCGAGUCGCUCAUACUGAUUUCGGAAAGGAUAUAGAUGGAAAUCCUUACACGGUUGAACUUGGAGCGAACUGGGUUCAGGGUCUUGGGUCAGCUGGAGGACCGGAGAAUCCGAUUUGGACUUUGGCCAAGAAGUACAAUCUUACAAACACCUAUUCGGAUUACUCUUCUAUUUUGACUUACAACAAAGACGGAUAUUCCAACUACUCAGACCUCAUCGAUGACUAUGAGAAUGGACCGUACUCCGAGAUUGAGUACGGAGCAGGUAUCAUUCUCACCGAGAAUCUUCUCGACCAGAGCUUUCGUGCAGCGUCAUCUCUUGCGGGCUGGAAACCACAGACCCCAGAGGAACAGGCGGUAGAGUGGUGGGAGAUUGACUGGGAGUAUUCUUACCCUCCAGAAGAAUGUUCGGAAACUUAUACAGUGGUCAACUACAAUACUACCUUCUAUCAAUUCUCAGAAGCGAAUAACCUAGUCAUUGACCAACGGGGAUUCAACGCCUUUAUCAAAGGCAUGGCGUCGACCUUCCUACAUAAAAACGAUUCGCGACUUCGUCUAAAUACCAUUGUCACGAACAUCUCAUAUACCGAUGACAGUGUCAGCGUGUUCAAUCAUGACGGCAGUUGCAUCGAAGCCGACUACGCCAUCUCUACUUUCUCUCUGGGAGUCCUCCAACACGACGUUAUAACCUUUGACCCUCCGCUUCCGAAAUGGAAGAAACAAGGCAUUGCCAACUUCGCCAUGGGAACAUACACCAAGAUAUUCCUUCAAUUCAACCCCGAGGACGUCUUCUGGGACAAAAACACCCAAUUCUUCCUCUACGCAGACCCAACCCGACGAGGCUACUACACAGUCUGGCAAUCGCUAGACACAGAGGGCUUUCUUCCCGGUUCGGGAAUCAUCUUCGCCACGGUUUUAAACACUGAAUCUUACCGCAUCGAGAAGAUGUCCGAUGACGAAACGAAGAAAGAAGCACUAGCCGUUCUGAAGACGAUGUUUCCAGAGGUUGAAAAAAUCCCUGAUCCCAUUGCAUUCAUGUAUCCUCGUUGGACCGAGACGCCCUGGUCAUACGGCAGCUACUCGAAUUGGCCAGUGGGCGUUACUCUCGAGAUGCAUCAGAAUCUGCGUGCCAAUGUUAGUAAUCUUUAUUUUGCGGGCGAGGCUACUCAUCCGGAGUAUUAUGGAUUUCUCCAAGGGGCUUAUUUUGAAGGGAAAGCGGCUGCGGAAGCGAUUGCUAGCUGUGUGAAGAAUAAUGGAUGCGUGGGCGGGCCGAAUUAUCCUGUCUUGCAUGGAACGACAGAGGAAAAGGAUCUGACUUCCGCGAAUGGAUGGACUGGUAGGAGUUUAUUCUCUAUUCUAGCAUAG